CGGCAAUUGACUCACAAUUGGAGUUAGCGCUUUCUGGAGCUGAAAACCCGAGUUUCCUUCAUUUUUGGGUUAACAAACUCAGAGUUGUAGCUAAACCUGCUUCCUGGAAUAGGCCCUAGAAUCUGCUGGUUUGAUGCCUAACAUAGGUGCACCCUAACAUUUAUAAUUAUCAGAGAGAGUUAUUAUUAUUUUUGGUGCCUAUCAGUUUAUAUUAGUGAAUGCGUGACUGAGACGCAUUAACUUAAAGAGCUUUGUAAAAAGGCGCUUUUUGAAGUUCAGCACAGCGCAGAUCUGAUACAUUCAAUAUGGCGGACGCGCUGGCGCAGCGCAGCAUGGGCUGACCCGCUCAAUGUGACGUCUGCGUGCACAGGUCCGUGCUCGUGUCACCCACCUGUGUCCAUGAGAGCGAAGGAAGCAAGUGCAGAGAGCGGGAAGUUACACCUUCUGAAGUUUUAGAUAUCUGGCUUUGAUUGAGCAGCUUCACGAGCACAGAGGUGGACAUGGCGCAGAGAGUCCAGAGUGAGCGCGACCCUCGCGGGGGUUCAGAUGACAAAGAUCCCGUGAACAUAUUCAGAAGACUCGGCCCACCCAUAGUCGACGAACCGAAACCUGAAGCUGAUGUGCACCAGCCGAGAAAGAUUUCUAAGCCAUUUAUCAAUUUUAAGAUUGAAGUCGUUAACGAUAGCACAAAUAAAAGGAAACAGCAUGAUUCUAGUCCUGAUGCAACCCCGUUAAAAAAGCCCUUUGGUGCAAAGGCUUUGUCCCCUGACCUCGGGUGUUGUGUGGACUGCUGCAGCCCUCUUGCAAGACAGGACUCGGCGUCCUCUUUUGCCACCUCUAAUCCUGCACUGAUGCAUAAGACACAAGAUGUUGGGAGUGAAGAAACGGGGAGCUUUCAGCUGCUCUCAGAGAACCCAAAACCUAGGUCUUCCGUGGAUCCAGGAGGCAAAACAGAGACCAGAGCAGGAGAUUUGAUGUGUGAGAAGGUCCUCUUAAAUCCUUCACCUGCGUUUGACUACGAUGUGGACGACCUCUUGUCUCUCAAUCUUGGCAGUCCUGCGAGAUCUUUGGUAGAUCAAAAGAGCUGCGUGAGUCCAAGUAGUCAAAACGUUCGAGAUGAGCAGUUUCCCAACCUCUCAGUUGAGGUGGGAACAGCAGAUGGGCGAGGAGAUGAGGUGAAGAAAGAAAUGUGUCUCAGUGUGAAGGACGGGGAAGAAGAUGGAGGCUAUUUCUCUCUGUCCUGUAUAAAUGACCGUAAAGGAGGGGGGUGGGUGAACUCUGAGCAGCUUACAGCUAACUUAAACCCCUGUCUCAGGUCAGCUGAGGGUGACUGUCAUCCUCAAAGUUCAUCCACGCCACAGGUUCAUAACCCAGCCGUGACCUCUGGACACUUUACCGUCACAGUGGACGACUUAAGUCCCAGUGACAGCGGGCCUCUCUUGGAGCAUGUGGGCUCUAAGGUGAAUUGUUUGGAAAGUUGUGAUGUGGAGGAGGUGUGGGAUAUUGGUCCUCCAAUAUUUGAAUCCUCCAUCUGCCACAGCGAGACAGACAAUUUGAAAGCAGAGCAGAGCAGUCAGGUGUUGGAGGAGGUGCAGGAAUCUGUGACCAAGCCUGUCCACAGCACACCUGCCAGAGCAGACAGCACUGUGGAGACCAGCUGCGAAUCCACGCUUCCUCUCCAAGUGCAGGUGAAAUCCAAAGUGGUUGUUUCCAGCCAGCACCCCGACAGAAGCGCCCUGCUCGGCACUCCUGUUCCUGUGGCAAACAGACCCAUGGUCUUCAGCAGUGAGGUGGAGUGGGAGCGCCAUAAGAGGCUGUAUGUGCAUUCAGUGGUCAGCCACAUGUAUGAGAAUACGGGAGGGGAUAACGGUGUCACGUCUGAGCUCCAGAAUUUAAUGAGCAGCGUGGCUGACAAGUCAGCAGAGUGGCAGCAUCCCUCUGACCUCACCCGCAGACAUUACCGCAGACGCUUUGGGACUGCAGCAGAGAUCACGCUGUACGAAUGGCAAGCCAAGAACGGUCUGAUGCACAGGCGCUUUGAUAAGCUCCCAAAGAAGUUUGAGAGGAGUUCUCGUCCGUAAUCUGAGCUUUGUGGCUCAUAGACGGAGCUCAAAAAUUACACUUUACAGCCUUGAAUCUUUGAAUUUGUACAUAUAAAUGUGUAUACUUUAAUAUUAUCAUUGCUUUGUUUUUCUUUGUUCCUGCUUUUUUCUGUAAAUGCAUGCACACUCCUCUUUUUCUAAUUAAAAAAAAUAAUGCAUGUUUUCAGUGGUUUUUGGUUUUCUGAAGAUUAAUCGAGCGCUGGACGGCCGACACCGUCCUGCAGUGCAUUUAAGACUUGUGGUAUUUCCUAUAUUUAUGUCUGUUCACUCUCCAUCGUUAGUUUUUCAUCUGUUGCUGUUAAUUUGUGGCCUCUGGGUUUGUAAAGCGUCUGUUCCUGCAGAUGAAAACGUCUGCAGCAGAAUUGGAAAUUACAAACUUGGAAGAUGUUUUUUGUGCUUCUAUUAAGAACUUCAGUAAUUGAAAUGUUUUACCUUCAUUUUCAAACAGCUUAGACCCUGUGUGUGUGUCUGUGUGUCUGUGUCUGUGUGUGUGUGUGUGUGUUUGAAGACCAGCACACGUGUCCAUGUGGAAUCCAGUCAGACUUCAGGCUCGAUCCCUGUGUUUACAUUUUCUUUGGCUUUUCAUACUUUUUACUGUGGAUUUAUUGUGCUGCUUUUGUAGCCUUGUUUCGACGCCUUUAUUGCACCUAAUUUUUUAAAUUUAUUUUAUUUGUGGAGCCGUAUUUUCCAGCUUCUGCCUUAAAGUUACAUGAGACCCUCCACUGUGCUGACGCGUGUGCCCGUUUGUACCUGCAGCAGUGUUUUAAAGCCACAGUGAAGAACCGCUCCAGUAAAUAUCCCCACCCUAAUCUGCUGCCUCUGCCUGUUACAGUGUCAGUUUAAUGAAGCAGCAUCUCCACCUUCUUUAUAUUCACUCAGAUUCAGUAUUUCAAACAUUUUUGCUCAGUAAGUAACUUGUUAAUUGUGCGCUGCACCUGUUUGUUGUUAAUGUGGUUAAAUUGUUGAUUAAACUUGUUUUUCUUCC